AUGGGAAAACCAGAUGAUCGGGAGACCGCGUGGGCUGCAGGCGACCCGCCAAGCCGCGGGGCCUCCCGCAAAAGCAAGGCCUGGGCGCGCCGGCACUCCCGCGCUGCCCAGCCUCAGUCGCCCAAGGCACUGGGAAGGGCGCGAGCCGGAGAAGAAAGGCUCUUCCCGCCGGUCGAUCCGGCUCCGCGGAACACCCGAAGCGCAAGGAGGCGACUGCGGCGGCCGGACGGUCCCCGCGCCACGCUAUGUCCCGGGUGCCCAAGACACUCCCAGCCAGCCCCUUUUACGAAACUUUCUUUUUUGCUUCGCCCCACCCGAAAAGUGCGGUCCCCGCGAGGGCGCCGAGGACAGCGGGCGGAGGGCGAGGAGGAAGUGGUGCCCGCGGGAGCGCGGCUGGGCAGAGGAAAUGCCCGCGCCGCCCGCCCCCGCCCUUGCAGCCCGCCCCGGCCCCCCGCCCCGCCGCGACUUUGGCGGGCCGAGCCCCGCGCGCCACUGGCGGCGGCAGCGGCAGAUGUGGCCCCGGCUGCCCCAAGGAGCCAACAAUGCCGGGCCGGCAAAACAAAAGGGAUUCGCUUCGCGUCUUUCCCGGCCUCUCACUUACACUCUCGGGGAACCGCGCGGGAUCCCGGGCCAACAGGGGCCGCGCCCCCAGGGGCCCCGAGCCACGCGCGCCCCGACUUGUCCCCGCCGACCCCGGUCUCUACUCCCCCCUGCCCGCUCGCCUUCCAGGCGCAAGGCCUGCCGCACCCCGUCAUGCUCGGACUCCUGGUCCCCAGGGAUCCGGCCGUAUUGUCCCCGCGGCGCGCAGCGCGCUCGUCUGAGAUCGCCAGCGGCCCCCGCGCGCGCACCCACCGGGCUCCAGGAGCAAGCCCGGGGCGCCUAGGAAACCGUCGUCAGACGCCGCCGCCGCUGCCCUCCGGACGCCGCUGCGCGCCGGGUUUUUCUUUCCUUUUUUUUCCAAUCCUGAUGGGAAGGAAGGUGACCGCCUACUUCGCAUUCAUCAACUCUCAUCACAACAACAAAAAUCCUGGAGCAAAGGGCGGCCAGCAAGCGCAAUCGGUGGCGAGGGGCAGAGGACCAGAACCCCCAGGCGGGGGUCCACUCCGGGGCGUAGUGUAUGGACACAGGGCUGGGGGCGCUGACCAAAGAUGUCCUCGGAUGCCGGCCCGGUGUCCUUCGCCCUCCUCCUUCUCCCGGAGUGGCGCAGUGAGGCGCGGGCACGGUGCCCCAGCCAGCGGCCGCAGGAGGAGGAAAGCGCAGAGAAAAGGAAAGGAAAGGACGGAAGCGGCGCGGGCCGCUGCUCCGGUGCCCUCCGGCUGCGCAGGAGCGAGGCGGGAGGCGAGAUACUUCUCACUACAAAUCGGCUCUCUCCGGGGAUUAGCAGCUACACGAAAGUGCAUACUGGCGCUGCGGGCAGCCGAGGGGGCCGGGCAAGGCAGACACUCCCCGGCCCAGCCCCGCGCCUCCACUGAGACUCUGGGGACGCGCAGGGGUCCCGCAGCCGGUGGGGUGACUUCGCCCUCCUUCCUCCUCCUCCCCUUCCACGUGGGGCCCGCCACGUGGGGAGACGCGAGCUCUGGCGGGCCUCGGCACGGUCCCCCGGGUGGCCCCGGCUCGAUAAGGCCCCCACCACGCCCGCUCAGCCGACCUGCACUCUACUCGGCCCCGAGGCUCCAACUUCCUCCUGGGCCCCGCGCAGGCCACGGGUGCUGUCCCAGGCUCGUGAGGUCAGGCGCGGGCCGGCCACAGGGGGCACUUGCGCUCCCAGAUCCCAGAUCCGGGAGACCGUGCCAGGGAGGUAGCGCUGGCUGCGGGUGCGCGCGGAGACUGGUCUGUGUGCUGGAACUUGCCACGAUGUGUUCGCUACGAGAAGCCAAAUGUUUUUACACAUUUAGAAAUGUCUUUCUGUUGUCUGAAUGUCGCUGGGGCUAUUUUGAAAGCCUUGCCUUGGUCAGGUCACCAGCCUCUCUGAGGCCUUGCGGGCCCAGGGGUCGCGUGUGCAGUGCCAUUUCGCGAUCACGAGUCCACAAGUGUCUCGGUGCAUUGCGAUUGAAAUCUGGACUCUCAACGACCAUGGGACACAGCGGCCGCGCGAGACUAGCCAGUAUCUGGGCUGGAUUCCUUGGCCAUGACCCGCAACAUCUGAGCGCUGUCCCCGGAAGGGAGCCGGCUCCCUGCGCUCAGGGCCCCCCAGGCUUACCAGACUUUAAGCGCGCGUCUUCUAAGGACCCCUGUGGCGCUAAACAGAGCCCUUGUAUGCAAUUGUUUUAAAAAUCGUUUGGGGUGCUAGCGACUGGAUUGAGAUGUUAGGUUGUAUGAUCGAGAGGGGGUGUCCAAGGUCACAACUUUGAAGACCACAGGGACCGCCAUUCAGAGAGCCACGUAAAGUGGUGUGGGUGGCCUCCUCCGGUCCUACGCGACCGGAGAAAUUUAUAGCAGAGGCCUCCGAGCCCCUAAACCCAUCGCUGAGCGUUCUUCAGAGCCCUGCCUUUCUCGGGCUUUAUCACGGCCUGUUUGUCUUAAACCGAACACCCAGAUGCCGGCCGUGAGACUGGCAAUGUGGGGUUUCUAUGUUUUGUAGCCAAACUGGGUUUUAAAACUAGAUUUAAAAUCUUUUCUGAAAGGUAAAACGGGUAUGGUCCCUCUCAGACAAACCUUUCAUGAUAUUCCCGUGCCCCCAAUAGUCCAGGGACUGGUCUUGAUGUUCUGUGAAAGGUAUACACCCGACUCUGACCCAGUUGUCUCCAUCUUCCAGGGCUGUGUGUGCUCACAGAUUCCUCUUAAGAGUUCACUUUUUCCCAGCAGCUUCGCUCCAGGUCCAUGAGGCCCAGGACUUGCUGGCAAAUUGACCUUGUCCAUACCAGGGCUUCUGUGUCACCAAUGCCUGCUUUCUGGUCCUACCUAUGGUAGUUCCUGUUCUUUUGUUUCUCAGAUCUUUACCCUUUGUGGUCCCCUAUUCUCACCAAGAAACCACAGUCAGCUGGCUUUUCCUAUUGCUUCUUCAGCUUUCCUGCGGUCUGAUUUUGAAUUCCACUUUAGAAAAAUGCUUCCGUGGACACUGCAGGAUGCCUCAGCCUACAAGGCUGCUAUCAAGCCAGAGGAUCUGAGUUCAGUCCUUAAAGGCUGGGUGAAGACGGAAGGAAAGAGUAGACCAAGUUGUCUCAGACCCCUGCAUGAGUGCCACAUAUCACACAACAAUAAAAUGCUACCCUCUUUCUUAUGAA